AUGAGUGUGACCGCUUCGACGGCAAAGUCGAUCGCAUCGACACCGUUCUCGAUCAAUGAUAUCCUUACGAGGAGUCGUCGAGGAGAUCGACACAGUUCCGGUGAGUCCUCCGGCAACGAAGAGGACAUGCAUGCCGCGUUCUAUCACCAGCACCACCAGCGCCAUUUCCAGCAUGCCCUACGACACCAGCAUCAUCGGAGAGGUCCUGUACACGACGCACCUUCCGGGAAGCUGGCCUUGAGUUACUACCACACCAACAACAACUCCGAUCGACAGCGUGAUCAUAAUGCCACAACUCCUUCCGGAGUCGCCACACUGCCAUCCGUCCUUCGUCGAGGUUCGCUCGAUUGUUUCGUCGUUGAUGGACCAGUGCGUGAGGAUACCGAGGACCUUCCAAGGCCAGAUGUGGGCUGUGAGCAUCCUACGGCUGUGGGAUCGUGUUAUCGUCUUCCCAAGGACUCACACCACCGACGACAACCUGACAGUCCCAUCGAUAUGCGCCGUUUGGCAGACAACGAUUCGGAUUGCGAUUCGCCAUCUCCGUACGCGGGUGCACUGGGACUUCACGGGACAUCAGGUGGAGGUGUUCCAACUGGCACUCCUCUGUUGGCAGGUGAGGAGAUGCCAUCCGCACGCAAAAAGCGCUCUCGGGCGGCAUUCAGUCACGCACAAGUGUUCGAACUGGAACGACGAUUCGCUCAACAGCGUUAUCUGUCCGGGCCGGAGCGAUCCGAGCUGGCAAAAAGUCUCCGACUGACGGAGACACAGGUUAAGAUCUGGUUCCAGAACCGUCGCUACAAAACCAAACGGAAGCAGAUCCAGCAGCAUGAAGCGGCUCUGCUGAGUGCUACCAAACGCGUCCCUGUGCAGGUGUUGGUACGGGAGGAUGGCUCGUACGGACCGAUGUUGGCCACUGGGCAGCCUCAUUACGCGGCCGGGCUAGAUCCGGCUCUUCUUAACGUCUACCGACAUCAGAUUCAGAUGGCGUAUGGCAUGCCCGGCAUUCCACCGAUGCCAUUCUCGUACUUCUAUCCCUCGAAAGCGUUGGCCACCGUCCCAAGUGGUCCGAUGGCACCAUCAUCUUCGGGUGCGUCUCCUGGUCAACCCUGCAAGCUUCCAACGACGGUACAUCCGCAUCAUGGAUCCGCCUCACUAGUGACCUCGGCAGGACCUCUGAACUUCUCCACCCGCAGCGACAGCGAUCCGGAAGGCUGUCCUGUGGGCUUUCGAUCGAGGUCUCCUUCGGAACAGGGCUCGGAUGGAGCUAGACCACGCAGCCAGAUGGAUGUGGACGCGAGUGGCCAUUGUAGCGUGUUGUCGUCGGCUGGUGAAGGUGAUGAGGAUGAGUGUGAAAAUGUGGAAAUCGAUUGAAUCGUGUAUAUAGUGCGUCGCAUGCUCAAGUGCUAUU